UUAGCAUGACUGCCUUCCUCCACCUGGCUCUUCUCUAACUUCUGGACUGUAAUCGACCUUGCUCAGAACUGUAUCUGGAAGGUAGAAAGUAUUUAAGAUCCAACUUCUGAAGUGGUUAUAUUUCAUACCUGUAUAUAUAGAUAUGGUGUCUAUACACUUAACACUGAAAGUUCCAUGAUGAAAAACUGAGGAUUCACACUGCUAAGAAGUCUCAUAUGUUGGUGUGCAAUAUGAAUGCAGCAGUCACCAGGGAUGCCGGGCAAGGAGGCACGAGGUGCCACUUAGGCUGGCACUGAAAAGGAUUUAACGUGGAUGGACUGAACAGUCUCAUAGAUAUUCUCUCAAAUUAGAUUUUGAGCCCUUCCUGUCAAGGCAAAGAGGAGGCGAGAGAACUCCAGUGGCAGUGUACACACACACACAGGGUGGAGCAGAAGAGGUUUGCUCUUUUUCUGAGCUCAGCCCCUUUGGGCCCUCCCUUUCCUGUGGGAGCCCCCACAAAGCUGACAGGUCCUAGCCUCCGCUGGGUUUCGAACAGCUGCCAGCCAGAGAACCAGCAAUCUUUGCCAUCCUGCUCAGUCUGCAACAGGAGUCUCUUCUGCAGUUUUUCAGUGACUGAUUUUUCCCCAGCAUCACAUGUAAGAUAAAAAGAGAGCCGUUUCUGAUGCUUGGAAGCUAUCCUUUCAGCCACAAAGAUGGUAAUAAAUCUUUGCCUCCCACAGUUCAGACCAAGAAUUUACUGCAACAAGAUUUCAGCUGAUGGCUAUGAAGUGGAAAAUCUCAUCUCGGAAGACCUCACAAAGAGAAGUCACGGCUUUAGGACAGAGUAUUUUAUUAAGCCACCAGUGUAUGUGACAGUUUCCUUUCCCUUUAAUGUGGAAAUCUGUAGGAUUCACAUAGACCUCACAGCUGGGGGAGGCCAAAAUGUCACUGGCCUGGAAGUGUACACAUCUGCCUUAUCCAGCAGAGCGUCUUGGCCUAGCCCUGAGCGCCGGACCCUGAGCCCAGCCGAGCCGUCCAUCCCGGACAAGGGGGCAUUCACCUUGGUAGGCAAAGUCUUGUUGAAAAACCAGAGCCAAGUAGUGUUUAGCCACAGGGGCUUCAAGGCCAGGCCACCAUUUGGCCCGACGGAAGCCACCCUCCCUUCCCCUGCUGUUGUGGCCCAGGAGCUCUGGAAUAAAGGACCUCUUUCCCUUAACCAUGUGGCCCAUCUCAAGAUCUGUAUCACCCACGUGACAGGCAGUGGCAUCCCUUGCAUCAAGCGGUUGGAAGUGUGGGGUCAGCCGGCCAAAACCUGCUCUCAGGAGGUGAUAGAUAGUGUCCUGCUGGUUGCCUCAGAGAACCUCCCUCAGGACUUGGCUCUUCAGGCACCAGACCUGCCCAUGGAGAGUGACUGUGACCCCGGGGGCCAGUCUGAGGGCCAGCAGGCCCCCUCCAGCCUGCAGGAGCUGGCUGAGGUAAUUCAGGAUGUGCCUGAGGAGUUCCUGGAUCCCAUCACCUUGGAGAUCAUGCCUUUCCCCAUGCUGCUGCCCUCAGGCAAGGUCAUCGACCAGAGCACACUGGAGAAGUGUAACCGCAGUGAAGCCACAUGGGGUCGAGUGCCCAGUGACCCUUUCACAGGGGUAGCCUUUACUCCGCACUCCCAGCCCCUGCCUCACCCCUCCCUGAAGGCGCGGAUCGACCAUUUCCUGCUCCAGCAUUCCAUCCCCGGCUGCCACCUGCUUGGGAGAGCACAGACUGCCCUGGCAGUGACCCCUUCUUCCAUUGCCAUGCCAUCUCGGAAAAGGAAGAUGGAGCAGGAUGAGCAUGCCCCGGAUGGUAGCCUUGGUGUCAGUGCUUCCUGCUUUUCUACCACAAGCCUUCUGGUCUCACCCACUACCUCAGAGCACACCUCUAAGAAAAUGAAAGCCGCCAGUGAGCUCGGUCUGACACACAUGGACUGCUCAACAGGGCCAAUGUCUCAUGAGCAGAAGCUGUCACAAAGCUUGGAAAUUGCCUUGACGUCCACCCUUGGCUCCAUGUCCUCCUUCACGACGCGGCUGACCAGGGGACAGCUCCAGCACCUCGGCACCAGAGGGACCAGCACUUCCUGGAGGGCAGGCACUGGCCCGGAGCAGCCUGGGAGCGUCCUGGGCCCCGAGUGUGCCUCCUGCAAAAGAGUAUGUUCUCCCUACUUCAAAAAGGAGCCCGUGUACCAGCUUCCCUGUGGCCACCUCCUGUGCCGGCCCUGCCUGGGUGAGAAGCAGCGCUCCCUGCCCUCGACAUGCACAGCCUGCCAGCAGCCAUUCGCCAGCCAGGACGUGCUGCGGGUCCACUUCUGAGUGCCUGGCCUCAACCUGAGAAGACCUGUUGUUGGGAGGAACAGAAGCGAGGGUCAUAGCUCCCUGAGGUCUGGCCAGUCCCAGGCACAGAGGGGCCUUCUCUUUCCCAAGGGCUUUCCCUUUAUUGCCUCCCACAGUGGAGCACAGGCCGGGAGUGGGGGGCACUCCACUCCGGCUUAAGUGGCAAUAGGAUAGCAAAGCCAUACUUUGGGCCAGGAGGGAUGGGGGAGAUGUCUCUGCCCUCCUGUACCUUCCUGCCACCCCCCUUUCUGCCAGAACCCAGGGCCUGCUGGAGCCAGCCCCACCCUGCUGAGGGCCCCCAAGUUAUUUGCACCCCCAAUCCUGCAGGGUGGAUAUGCAUGGAGCACAGUAAGACUGUGGCUCUGGGUCUCAGCCUCCGCCUUCAGUGCACCCAGAAGUGGACUGUGUGGGGUCUGCGGAGUGAAUGACUCGGCCCCCGACGGGCAGACUACAUGGAGCCUUAUAAAGCGAUGGUUAUGUCUUCUGGGGGCUUCCUCCUGAGUUGUCUGUCUGCCGUCAUACUCCUGUCCCCUCCUGCACCCGUACAGAAUGGGAUUGUCCCAGGGCGGCCGUCACAGGCACAGUCAGGCUGUAAUUCAGGUCAGAUGCCGUGUCGGGUUUGGCAGGUGGGUGUGCAAGGUGGGGAGGGAGGCUCGAGCGCCCUUCGUGGGGCUAGGUGCCAGCGCGCUUGGCUGUCUGGUGGCGGCGCUGGCUGUUGCCCGUGGGGAUGGCACCUUUUCUGUCUGGGGCCCAUUUCAGGAAAACUUGUUUGUAGGCCGCAUAUUUUUCCCCCGUACAAAAUUUAGUUUUAUGGAAUUAUGGAAUCACAGAGGGAAAAUAUGUUUUCUUAAUAUUGUUUGCUGUAUGGAAUAGAUUCUAGUCACUAGAAGAAUGUCAGUGAGAAACCACCGUGCUUUUCCGUGUCUGGCAAGGAAAAGCACAGAGAGGCUGCAUAUUUACCCUUGGGAUUCCAUCACAGGACCUGUGGAUGGGCCCUGGGGCCUCUUCCCGCCAGCUCCGAGCUUCCUGCUCUCUCCCUCCCCACAGGCCUGCUGGGGCGGGGGGCUCGGGGAUGGAGGCUGGCGUUCUCUCUGGUUUUCAAGCUUUGCACACCGGCCAGAGAGAACUCGU